AUUUCUUUUUCUGUCACAUAUUGGUGUGGCGUCAGCUCAGUGCUCGGUGAUCACAUCAUUAAAAUAUUUUCUUACCUUUUGGCGUAGAUUACACUUUAAAAUAUGCCUGCCCUAGAGGAAGUUAAGUCUAGUUGGGCUGAUGAAGUAGAACUGGAAGGAGGAACUCUUCCUCCACCUACUGAAGUCUUUGAAAAUGGUUAUAAAAUUGUAACAGAAUACAAGUGGGAAGAUGAUAAAAAGGUUAAGAUCAUUCGCACAUAUAAAAUUGAGAAACGUAUAGUAUCUAAAUCAAUUGCCUUAAGAAAAACAUGGAAAAAAUUUGGAGAAUGUUCAGGAGACAAACUUGGUCCAAAUCCAGCAACAACAAUUGUUGGUGAAGAUGUUUACAUGCAAUUCAUUUCCAGUAAAGAAGAAGAUAAUAAGCCUGAAGAUGAGGGAAUUGACAAAUUAAAGAAUGCGGGAAUGAAAAUUGCUUUUAAAUGUCGUACUUGUGGCGGUGAACAUUGGACUACCAAGUGUCCAUGGAAAGAUACUACUCUCGGAGGCAAGCUACCUGAUGAUAAGAAGCUUGUAGCAACAGGAGGAGGCGGACCGGCCCUAGCAGCAGAGCAGAGCAAACCAGGUGCUGCUAAAUACAUACCUCCAAGUCUCAGAGAUGGAGCAAAGAGACCGGAAGGACCCAACAUGAACAGAAGAGAUGACAAUUAUUGUGCAAUCCGUAUUGCAAAUAUUAGUGAUUCAACAACUGAAACUGAUUUGGAAGAACUAGUAAAACCAUUUGGUCCUAUUCAUAAACUUUAUUUAGCGAGAGACAAGCAAACAGGUCUUUGCAAAGGAUUUGCUUAUAUUCAUUUUAAAUUUAAGAAUGAUGCAUCAAAGGCUAUUAUGAGGUUGAAUGGUCAUGGUUAUGACCAUUUGAUUUUAACUGUUGACUGGUCCAAGCAAGCUAAUCAGUAAAUUCAUAUACAAUGUUUAUCAUUACCCACAUCUUUUCUUCUUUUGGAAGUUGACAGUGCAAAUGAUGGUUAUAUUUUAUUAAAUGGAAUUUUUCUGUUUUUAAUUGAAUAAUAAAAAAACUUUCUUAAUUA